AUGGCCCCCAAGAAGUCCAAGUCCGAUGCCCAGUCCAUCGGCACCAAGCUUGCGCUUGUCAUCAAGUCUGGCAAGGUCGUUCUCGGCUACCGGAGCACCCUGAAGGCUCUCCGCAGCGGAAAGGCGAAGCUCAUUCUGAUCUCCGCCAAUACACCUGCUCUUCGAAAGUCCGAGCUCGAAAACUACUCCAUGAUGUCCAAGACCUCGGUUCACCACUACAGCGGCACCAACAUCGAGCUUGGUACUGCCUGCGGAAAGCUGUUCCGUUGCUCCACGAUGGCCAUCUUGGAUGCUGGUGACAGUGACAUCCUGAGCGACCAGACGGCUUAA